GCCGCUGGGGGGUGAGUGCCGUGGAACGGAUUUUCCUGUCUGCAGCAGCGGCAGUGGAGAGACGCAGGUCCCGGGGCUGAGAGAGAACCAGUCCCGGACAGACUGACGAUGGAACCAGAGACGGUACUGCAAGAGAAGGCUCUGAAGUUUAUGUGCUCUGUGCCCAGGUCACUGUGGUUGGGUUGCUCCAGCCUGGCGGACAGCAUGCCUUCGCUGCGAUGCCUGCACACCCCAGGGACUGGCACAUUGAACUCUUUCCAGAGUUCUGCUGAGAGAGAAGAUUGCCACAAUGAAGAGCCUCCAAGGAAGAUUAUCCCAGAGAAGAAUGCAUUUAGACAGACUAAACUUGCCAAUGGUACGUCAAGCAUGAUCGUCCCCAAACAGAGGAAGCUAUCUGCCAACUAUGAGAAGGAGAAGGAGCUGUGUGUUAAAUAUUUUGACCAGUGGUCUGAAUCAGACCAGGUGGAGUUUGUUGAGCACCUAAUUUCCCGGAUGUGCCACUAUCAGCAUGGCCACAUCAACUCGUACUUGAAGCCAAUGCUGCAGAGGGACUUCAUCACUGCACUACCAGCACGAGGCUUGGAUCACAUUGCAGAGAAUAUCUUAUCCUACCUUGAUGCCAGGUCAUUGUGUUCAGCGGAGCUGGUGUGCAAGGAGUGGUACAGAGUUACCUCGGAUGGCAUGCUAUGGAAGAAGCUGAUUGAGAGGAUGGUCAGAACAGACUCUCUGUGGAGAGGACUAGCAGAGAGAAGAGGAUGGGGCCAGUAUCUUUUUAAAAAUAAACCUCCAGAUGGGACGACACCACCCAAUUCCUUUUACAGAGCACUUUAUCCUAAAAUAAUACAGGACAUUGAAACAAUAGAGUCCAAUUGGAGAUGUGGAAGACAUAGUUUACAGCGCAUCCACUGCCGCAGUGAAACCAGCAAAGGGGUCUAUUGCCUUCAAUAUGAUGAUCAGAAGAUUGUGAGCGGUCUUCGAGACAACACUAUAAAGAUUUGGGAUAAGAAUACAUUAGAAUGUAAGCGAGUUCUUACGGGACACACAGGCUCAGUGUUGUGUCUUCAAUACGAUGAGAGAGUGAUCAUCACUGGAUCUUCAGAUUCCACCGUCAGAGUGUGGGACGUGAACACUGGUGAGAUGUUAAACACGUUAAUCCAUCACUGUGAGGCGGUACUACAUCUCCGGUUCAAUAACGGCAUGAUGGUAACUUGUUCAAAGGACCGGUCCAUUGCAGUGUGGGAUAUGGCCUCCCCCACAGACAUUACUCUUAGAAGGGUGCUAGUGGGGCAUCGUGCAGCAGUUAAUGUGGUGGACUUUGAUGAUAAAUACAUUGUCUCUGCCUCUGGGGACAGGACUAUAAAGGUAUGGAAUACCAGUACUUGUGAGUUUGUUCGAACUCUUAAUGGACAUAAACGGGGUAUCGCGUGCUUACAAUACAGAGACAGACUCGUAGUUAGUGGAUCCUCAGACAACACAAUCAGGUUGUGGGAUAUUGAGUGUGGAGCAUGUUUAAGAGUACUGGAAGGACAUGAAGAACUAGUUCGAUGUAUUCGCUUCGACAACAAAAGAAUAGUUAGUGGAGCUUAUGAUGGUAAAAUUAAAGUUUGGGAUCUAGUAGCUGCUUUGGAUCCUCGUGCACCAGCAGGAACUUUGUGUCUGCGGACUCUUGUGGAACACUCAGGGAGGGUUUUCAGACUGCAGUUCGAUGAGUUUCAGAUCGUCAGCAGCUCGCACGAUGACACUAUCCUCAUCUGGGAUUUCUUGAAUGACCCGGCCACACAAGCAGAGUCCUCACGCUCCCCCUCCCGGACAUACACCUACAUCUCAAGAUAAACUAUCAGUGCUGAUCCAUACCUCACACUUGCACAGGACUUCUGAUGAUACAGUAUUUGCAUAAUAUUGAAAAGCCAGAAGCUGGUGACUCAAUGUGGUCUAACUGAGGAAUAGGCUUUCCCUCUAGAUGACAAACAGGGAAUCUGCUUGUCUUGGGAAAAAACACAUUGUGGAUGAUGGCAAAAAGUGCUGCUACUGAGAAAUAUGUCUUUCAAAACUAAUGGUUUUGAGCAUCAUCAGUCCUUUAUCCCCCUUUCCUUCAUCAAGUAUAUUGUAAACAAAAGUCAUUUUAAAUGUGUUGAGGUGAGUUGUUGCUGCUUUUCUCUAAACUGGGAAGCCUGUCGUACUCAGACUUGGUUCAAGGGUGAGGUUACAGAAUUAGUCAAGUUGUUUCUGAAAACCAUAUUUUCAGUUCAUUUCCUCAGAUCUUUAUCAGCAACAUUUUUGUUGCCAUAUAUAUAAAUAUAUAUUUUAUUUUGUAAAGAAGAGUCUAGAAUAAAUGUCUUAAAGUACAGCAAAUGAGGAUGCCACAGAUACUACCAAACUUUUCUGUUGUAGUAUAUGUAAAUCUGUAUUGUGCAGCUACUGCUUAUUUAUGCUACAGUUCUUAGCAGUUCAGCACUCAGGUGCUUUUUUAGACUGAUGAUACUGGAGAUUCACCAAGUUGAGAAAAUCGGAAGAAACACAAACUGCAAAGCUGUUUUGCACAAGCUUUAGUACCGAGUAUGUGGCUCACUGGGGAAUGAAAAAUAAAUUAUUCUUUUUUGCACUUUUCAUUUUUAUGAUGGCUGUCAGUAUAGAAGCGCACAACACAUGCAGUUGCACAAAAGCAUGUUGUCGUACACUACUACCUUAUUUGUUUCCUUUUUUCUUUUCACUGACCUAGUACACUAUAUAUAUGUUCUCGCAAAUAUAAAGUCUGCACACCAGCAUUCAUUUAGAAUCAGGUGUUUUCUGCUCCCCUGUGUCAAAUAUUUCACAGCAGUUCUGUUAGUCUGCUGGUCUGGACUGCAGUAAAACAGCUGAAACUGAAAAAUGUGUAGAGAGCCUCUCUUCAGUUUUUACUGGUACAGAGCAUUCUGUUUUCCUGCCCUUAUCCACAGGCUGAUAAGACUGGCUCUUCAAAAGUGUAGAUCACUUUGCUGCAGAGAUUUUAUUUUUUUUUCCAACUUUACAUUGAAUGGUUAUUUUCCUGCAAAACUGUCACAUUUAUUUGUGUUGUGUGGUCAAGUUGCCAAACUGAACAAUUGUGAGUGGUUGAUCGCUGGCAUGCCUAACUAUAGUUGGACUUAUUUAUUUUAGAAAGUGACCUGAAGCUAUUAAUAUCACUUAAAACACAUGCUGCAUGGAAAUGUGAACAUUUACUAUUUUGAGUUACAAACCAAUGGCUUUUCCAUUUUUAAUAUUAUAUGUCCUUUAAAGGUAACUUAUCAACCUGUACUUGCAGUAUAACUUUUUUGUUUGUUUGUCAGUUGCCCAAAAUAACUUCAAAAUCCAGAGUAAGUUGUAUUGCACUCUGGCUUUGGUCUUAAACUGAGCUUAAAAUUGAUAAAAAUGGUACUUUAAUUUUUGAAAAGAAGAAUAUCAGAGGCUUAAUUCUCAUCAGUUGUAAUUUUAUGAAAUGUAUCUUAAGAAUUGUCAGAGUUCUGAGAAAGCUGUAGUGCAAAUGUAGUCUGCAGAAUAUUCUCACUCACGACCGCACCAAAUCAGAAACCUCAAGUCUCAAUGCCAGCUUUCUCUUCAAAUUUUGGGUUUUGACCGUUAAAAAGGAAACUUGUAUUACAAAACAAUCAUAAAAAUAAGAUUGAAAAUCAACCUGAAUUUAAGCACACAUAUACAAAUGAAAGCACCUUUAUGAAAACUCACACACGGUCUUUAGAAACUCUCCUCCAAAAUACUUGAGUAUUCAGUAUGCAGUCUAUUUCACAAUCUUUUAUUUUAAUAGAUGGUGUAUAUUGAGUUAAUUAUUUCCAUAAUUUUAAAAAAUGUAUAAAGUUUCUGCAGUGUAUAAAAUCUUCACCUUGUCUUGAAAUGUAAUCCAUGGUAAUGUGUAAAAUGCUGUGCAAAAUGCUUUAAACCAGAGCAUAAGACGUGUGUGCUGUAUUUACUGUAAAGAUGUUAUUUCUGCAGCAAACUGACAUGUGAAUCUUGUAUUAUGUUCACCAUGCUUUAAAACUGUACUUGGAUGGUUUAAGAGUGUUUUUUGAAAACAUUGAAACUUGGCAAUUAUUUCCCCCAAUUAUUUAAUGAUUGCAACUGGAAUUUUUUUUGGGGGGUGAGGGUGUACCCAGCAUAUAGUUUUGCUUGCAUUAAGUGACUUUGUAAAGAUGAAAAGAUUUAUACUAGUCUUAAGAGAGAGUAAUCUUUGCCCUUUUUUUUCCAAAUGGUCAUUUAAUUGAUCUUUAAUUUUUCAUUUUCGAGUUUUAUCUUCCUGACCCUGCUUGAAUUAUGUUUUGCAUUCUGGUGUACACUCAGAGCACCACGAGGGGAAGAGUGGAUAUUCAUCACCUGGCAUCUUCUCAGCUUUUAGCAAAACACUGACUCUUUUCAUGUGCCUCCAAGCUUGCAGUGUUUUGAAGAGGUCAGAAGACUAAAUUGGGUGGAUAUAAAAUAUAAAUUGCAAAUUUCUAAAUAUAUAAAGAUAUUCAUGUUUAGUUUGACUUGACAAGUGGAUUUGUUAAAUUAUUCAGCUUUUAAAAAAAAAUGGAACAUCCCUAACUACAAUUAAAAUCACACUGGUUAUGAGAUAGAGAAACAAGUCCAUGCAAUUGUGAUUAAGUGCACGGCAGCACAAAUAUAGAGAUCUGAAAUAAGUGAAGAUGAAUCACUGAAUUAAUCUAUUACAAAAUCUACAUGUUCCACUUUAUUAACUUUAUUAAUAUUUGUAUCAUUGUUUUUUUGUGUUUUUAAAAUAUUUUGCAAUACAAAUAUUAGUUUGUGUUUGAUGGGGAAAAGUCACAAUCACAUGACUUUUAGGUUGAUAUUGGUGAGACCUAAGUAAAUUCACAUUUAGAAUGUCUUGCUAUAGAUUGCUAAGCCUGACAGUUCUUUUAAAACCCGUGAUUGAAAUCGACACUAAAAAGAGGAUAUUGAGGUUUAUAAAUUGUACUACUACUUUUUGCAACAUUUUUAUUAAGGUUACUCUCUCUUAUUUUAUUUCCAAUUCCUGUAUUUGUUCUGUAGAUUCUCCAGUAAACAAGUGAUAUCCAUUUUUGUCAUUUUGUUCAAGGUAAAGUGAUGUGUAGUUAAUGUACUAAAAUGUUCAUGUAAGAUAGGAUGAUCUUCAUCUAGUGUUUUUUAACUGUCAAAAAAGAUGAACUUACAAUACAAAUAUGAAAGUAAACUUGGUGGUGCGGGGUGUUCUUAAGGUAAUUUAUUAAAAUAUUUUGUAAAUGUUAACCCUUUUAAUAUCAUUUUUCCCCAUAAGUUUACCAUUUUCAGAAAUGUAAAAAUGUAUACUGCCCUUUCAGAGCCAACUAUGGUUCACAUUUAUAGAGAGUGAGCUUUGAUAUAAUCUUGGUCAUUAAUCUUUGGAAGGACUUGUGCCAACUAGUGCAUGACCCUGUGUAAUAAGCUGAUUAGGAGAGACAGCCUCACACCAAAAAAGACACAUUAUGUUGUGGUGUGGAGUUAAACCAGACUCAUGAUUUAGUACCUGUAUGAAAGUGUUCUUUAAGCUGUGGCUUGACCUACUGUAUGGAGGAUGGUGUCUGCCCCUUGCCAAUGGUGAGAAGAUCAAUUUGUGACAACUUGAAAGCUCCAUGCAUGAAACCAGUCACUGGCAGCCUGUUUCUUUUUUUCUUAACUGUCGAUGCCAAUUAUUUUUUUUUAGGUCAAAAAGCAACCAGCAUUAGUAGGAUGUCUUUGCUCUGUGUUUGAUCUUAGCUAUGUUCCAUACCUAGAAGAUGCUUUGUUAUGCAUCUUUAAUUAUCUUUUCUAAUCAGACACCUGCCCAUAGUGACACUUAGGUUUCAACAUGAACCUCAGUAUGUAUCUUCUUACAAUAUUUUCAAAUUGAAAGGUCCAAAUCAAUUUAAUACAUUUCUGUUGUCAACAUGAAAUACAGCAAUGGCACUUAUAAGAUACUGUCAAUGAAUUUGUCUUCAUAAAGUGUAGACUUUAAUUUCAACUUGGUGGCACAAGCUGAAAUGCAAGAAAAUUUAAAGUUAUGGUUUGAGUGACUAAUGGAAAAACUACUGUGAUGUUGGGAAGAGUUCCCAACGGUAAGUGAUGGUAAGUGACAUAAAGCAAUCCCAGUGCUGUGUCCUUCUGUGAAAGAUGAUACUAAUUGUAACUACUGUUACAAGUAAAGAGUAAGAUCUGCUUAUUACAAAUAUUUACUUUUAUAAUUUUGCAGUAAAAUGAACACAAUAACAGGUGACCUAGAUGCUCACUGAAAGCACAUUAUCAGAUGAGGUGUACUUUCUUUUUGCAUUUCUGUGGAAUGUAUCAAUGUUUUAAAACAUUUGGCAUUUCCAUUGUACUUUUUGCCUGUAAUUUGCUUUGUAUAACAAAUAUGUAGGGCUAAGUACCAUGUAGCCCUGCAAAAGACACCAUUGCAGUAUUUCAAUAAACCCAGUACCUUGAGUGUUACAUACAGUGCUGAUGCACUUUUAGUGCGGGCUUUAGCACAGUUCAAUGGAAGUGGGUUGGAAAUGUACCUGUUACAGCUUGGAUUUUGUGAUUCCUUUGGAGUAUGUUAUACAUAUCUAGAUUGCUACUCAAUGCCUUGUUUCUUUGUUUGAGAGAAAUGGUAUAUGAAAUCUUUAAAGCCAUUUUUCUAAAAUGUUGAAAUUAAAAUAUAAAUUUACAAAGAAAAAUGUAGAAACAAAAUUCUAGAUCAACAACUAAUAAAAAUCCCAAAAUAUUCAAUUUAGAAAGUUUAAUCUUACCAGACUUAGUGUUUUAAGGGCUGUUUAGGGCGUGUAGUACCUUACUCUUUUGGCUGCUUGUUCUUUAUAGAAUAGUUUCAAAGCAUAGUCUGUAUAAACGUACACUGUCUAUGUGUCUAUCAAAUAUAAACAGUGCAGCAUCCUCACCCUUUAAAUUUCCUUUUGCAUAUACCUCAAAGUGUUCUGAGAUAAACUAACAGGGAGAGAUUGCUGCUAUUGGGUACAAGCUAUAAUAUCCCUAAGGCAGCCUUUACUUUUGAAAACAGUACAUCUGUGCUAUGUGUAAGUAGUUACUGGAAGAAGGGCAAUUGCUACUGUAGACCAAUUCAAAUUUCCAAUAAAAGCUCCUAUGUAAAAAUUAAAA